AUGUACAAGGCGACCAGUGACUACCGCCGCGCUACGUCUUCGUCGGACGGGUGCCCCUCGCCCCGGAUUUCAUCCCCUGAAAGUCACUACGCGCUGACCAGCCCACUGUCCACCGCUUCAGACCCUGGGAUGUCCUCCCAGCCUUACACACCGAACUACUUCGACCCCAAGAACUCACAUCACACUUGGGGCAGCCACCACGACUUCUACGGUGAGAAUAAUAACGUCUACAAGUACUCGAACAGCUCCAGAUAUGAAUCUGGGUCGGGAAGAUCUUCUGGGAGCUUCAGGUCAACCCAGGAAGACUUCUACAAGGCUGGACUGGAGUCGAAGUACUUGACAAAUAAAAACAAGACUUUGGAUAAGAAAAAUGUCAAUUCUGCAGCUCCUGUUGGUGUGGAAGUGAUGAAAAAACGUAGACUAGCUGCUAACGCUCGUGAAAGACGAAGAAUGAACAGUUUGAAUGAUGCUUUCGAUAGGUUAAGGGACGUGGUGCCUAGUUUGGGAAAUGACAGGAAGUUGAGCAAGUUUGAGACGUUACAAAUGGCACAAACUUACAUAGCUGCCCUUCACGAACUUUUACAGAGGGAUUAG